AUGUCAGAAAUCUUGUCAAGAGCAUGGACUGUUUCACACAGAGUGGAGAUAUGGCUUCUGAUCCUGGUGGCUUAUUUACUCCAAAGAAAUGUGAACUCGGGACAUAUGCCAACGAAAGCUGUGGAUCCGGAAGCAUUCAUGAAUGUUAGUGAAAUCAUCAAACAUAAGGGUUAUCCCAGUGAGGAGUAUGAAGUCGCAACUGAAGACGGGUAUAUCCUAUCUGUAAACAGAAUCCCUCAAGGACUGACACAAUUCAAAAAGGAAGGAUCCAGGCCAGUGGUGCUAUUGCAGCACGGCCUUCUUGGGGAUGCUAGCAACUGGAUUUCCAACCUGCCCAACAACAGCCUCGGUUUCAUUCUGGCGGAUGCUGGCUUUGAUGUGUGGAUGGGAAACAGCAGAGGGAACACCUGGUCUCGGAAACACAAGACACUCUCUAUAGACCAAGAUGAGUUCUGGGCUUUCAGUUAUGAUGAAAUGGCUAGGUUUGACCUUCCUGCUGUGAUAAACUUUAUCUUACAGAAAACAGGCCAGAAAAAGAUCUAUUAUGUUGGCUAUUCACAAGGCACCACCAUGGGCUUUAUUGCAUUUUCCACGAUGCCAGAGCUAGCUCAUAAAAUCAAAAUGUAUUUUGCCUUAGCACCUAUAGCCACUGUUAAAUAUGCAAAAAGUCCUGGAACCAAAUUUCUGCUGCUUCCAGAUAUGAUGAUCAAGGGAUUAUUUGGCAGACAAGAAUUUCUGUACCAGACUAGAUUUUUCAGACAGCUCUUUAUCUACCUUUGUGGCCAGAUGAUUCUUGACCAAAUAUGCAGCAACAUCAUAUUACUUCUGGGGGGAUUCAACACGAACAAUAUGAACAUGAGCCGAGCAAAUGUCUAUGUGGCCCAUUCGCCUGCUGGGACAUCUGUGCAGAAUAUUCUUCACUGGAGCCAGGCAGUGAAUUCUGGUGAACUCCGUGCCUUUGACUGGGGAAGCGAGACCAAAAAUCUGGAGAAAUGCAACCAACCCACUCCCAUAAGGUACAAAGUCCGUGAUAUGACAGUCCCCACAGCAAUGUGGACUGGCGGUCAGGACUGGCUUUCAAACCCAGAUGACGUGCAAACACUGCUUUCUGAAGUGACCAACCUCAUCUACCACAAGAACAUCCCUGAAUGGGCUCACGUGGACUUCAUCUGGGGGCUGGAUGCCCCUCACCGUGUGUACAAUGAAAUCAUACAUCUGAUGAAGUGGGAACCCAGCGUUUCCCAGGGAACCUGCAAGGUCACGUUGUGA